GAGAGUCUGGCGGUCUGGCGGGCUGUUUCAAAACAAAGAUGGAGGUAUCCGGAGCGCUGCAGUUUCUCCGCCUAAACAACCUAAACUCAGUUUGGGUCGAGGUGUUAUGGGAUUAUGAGUUUACGGAGGUGGAGCCCCUGGAUGCAACCAUAGAAGAAGAGAUCAGUGUGGGUGGAGUCAAGGCCUUCACCCGGCUGUACAGCUGCCUGCUGCCCUACGCCUCUGACCAGCGGGACGACUCGGGCCAGAUCGUAUGGGAGGAGCUGGGGAACAGUGGGGGGUCCACCAGGAGUCUGGUGGCCUUGCUGGCCUACCUGGUGCUAAAGGGGAGGAGCAAUGGAGCCUCCGCCCACCAGAGGACCACCGCCCUGCAGGCCGCCUCCCUCUACCUACUGCUGCUGGGGGUCCCCGGGAGCAUUGCCAACCAGAUGUUCCACCAGGUGUUGUUUGACACCUGCUCAGACCUGCCGUCUCACUGCUGGCCACAGGACUUCACCAAGAAACGCAAGAAGGAUGCCGCGAAGGGCAGCCAGGCCGAAGGCAAGCGCUCCAAGCCUCCACGCAAAGACCACGACGAGGUGGACAUGGAGGAGGAGCACGAGGAGGAUGAGGAGGAGGUGCACCUGUCAGCCAAGGACCUGGUGACCAUCAGAGACGGAGUGGUGCUCCUGGUCCAGAGUCUCCUCAGACUCCUCAAAACCUUCUCCCUCAAGGACACGCGCCAGAGCGCUAUCAACUGUACCCAGAUCUUCACUAAGCUGGUUUACUUUGAGGCAGUCCAAGGACAACUGAGGUUCUCUGCUCAACAGGAUGUGUCCAGGCUGGAGAGCUUACCUGAGAUGGCCUUCUGUGGUCUCCGCCUGCUCCUCUCCCAGUACCACGGAGACCAGAAGGAGAGCUUGAGGAGAAUCUUCCAUAGGCUCCUAUAUGUGAUCCUGAUGAUGAGCAAGGCCAACAGAGGAAGACCCGCCCUCCUUGUGAUAUCGCAGACUGUCGUGGCCGCCCGUGGCCACGCCCUCCAGUUUGUCUGUCACCUGGUCGAGGAGAUGAAGGAGACCGCCCUGCCUUUCGUGCAGAUCCUCCUGCAACACAUCUGUUUCCAGAUGUUGGAGAAGUGUGAGUACCGUUGCCAUGGCUCCCAAGCGGUGGGCGUGCUGGUGGCUCUGUUGCCCAGUGAAGACUACGCCUCCUUCGUUAAGUGGCUCUCUGGAUACUCCCGACACACCAAGAUGGUGUACCGUCUGUUUGCGGUGGACGUGGUGAUGGUGCUGCUGCAGCAGCCGGAGAGAGCUGCGGAGCUGGGGGCAGCAGCGGAGGUGGCGGCCCUUCUGCCCCACCGCUACCUGGUGCAGAGCCUGCUGUUCAGCCGCCGCACUGACUCCUCCCCCACCGUGCGUGGCCACGCCCUCUCCUGCCUGGCCCAGGUCCUCGAGAUGCCUUCCCUCAACGCCUCCCGUGCCGUGCAGGACCUCUUCACCACCUCUGGGAUCAGCACGGUCCUGGAGGGAGAAUCCACUGAAGGAACGAUUGGCGCCCAGCAGACCCAGAAGACGUAUCGCACGCUGUCCUUUAAGACGUUGGAGAUCACCAACACUGGGGACCCCACCGGCUACGAAGGUAAAGAGAACCUGGCCCUGCUAAUGAGACGUGUGGCCGACUGCAAGACGGGGGUCCGGAAGUCUGCUCUGCAGGCCAUCCUUGCCUUGCUGAAGCACGGGGUCAUCCCCAUGACGACGGAGAACUUGUCGGUGUUGUCGGACCGCUGCCGCGACCCCGCCCUGUCCGUCAAGAAGAAGGCCCUGCAGUGUCUUGGGGAGCUGCUCACUGCCCGGCCCGACAGUGGCGUGGUGCAGCGGGCCUGGCUGCAGGGCGUGGUCCCGGCGCUGGUGGACGCCGAGAGCUCGGUGCAGGAGAAGGCUCUGGAAGCCCUGGAGGAGACCCUCCUCUGCCAGGUCAAAGGUUACUCCCCCCAGCGCCACCUCGACGCCCCACAGCGGCUGGCCUGGGACCUGCUCGGGCUGCUCUGCUACGAGUGUCCGGAGCUCAGCCGCUACUUCAGCCGGGCCUUCAGCGUGUGGUCCAAGCAGAACAAGUUCUCCAAGUCCUUCUGCUCCAGCCUGCUGUCCCACACGGAGGCCGAGCACGCAGGCGGGGCAUGGCUGCUGCUGUCCCAGGUGGCCCGCUGCACGCCCAACCUGCCCCUCACACCUGUCCUGCAGGCCUGGGACCACAUGCUCAGCACCAAGGAGGUUGCCAUGACGACGUGCUGUCAUAUCCUCAGUGUGGUGGGAGACGUCGCAGAGUAUUUCAACGAGGACACGCAGAGCAGGAUCGUCGAUGAGCUGAUGUCAUGGUUGAAGACGAUGGAGCUGUCUUUGGAAGUCAUGAGUGCUGCUAUGGAAACCUUGUUUCAGCUAGGACGUAAAGAGGACAUCAAACAAACACAGGCCUUCCUGGGCCUCCACUGUGGAGGUUUGGUGUCGAUGUGUGAGACCUACCUGGCCGGCAUCCUGUUGCGCCAGACCGGGGGUCACGACCUGGAUCAGGACCUCAUGGUGAAACACCUGCACCUGCUGGGCGUGGCCUCGCUGCAUAGCCCCGCCCACGUGGGGAAGAGGACCGUCCUGCUAGUGGAGUCCAUCCUGUCCUCCCAGAGAGACGCACACACUGGACCAGAUGAGCCUCCAGAGUCUUCAACCCAAACCAGACCAAACUCUCUGCCCACCAAGGUCAGAGCCCACGCAGUCAUCACACUAGGGCGCCUCUGUCUGCAGCACGAGGACCUGACUCAGCAGUACCUGCCGGUGUUUGCGCGGGAGCUGCAGGAGGGGGCGGAGCUGGCGUUCAGGAACAACCUGGUGGUCAUCAUGUGCGACCUGUGCGUCCGCUACACCAACAUGGUGGACUGCUACAUCCCCAACAUCUCCUCCUGCCUCCGUGACGACCAGCAGGUCAUCCGAGAGCAAACCCUCAUCAUGCUCACCAACCUGCUGCAGGAGGAGUUUGUCAAGUGGAAAGGUUCGCUGUUCUUCCGCUUUGUCACCGUGCUGGUGGACCCCGUACCCGCCAUCGCUAGUCUGUGUGAGUUCUGUUUGGUCCACCUGCUGCUGAAGAAGAACACGGCCAUGUUCAGCCAGCAUUUCAUCGAGUGCAUCUUCCACUUCAACGAAUACCGGAAACACAAGGCCUACAACCACUUCCCUGAGACCGACAGAGAGAGAACUCGCUUCUCGCUGAAGGGGCAGAGGAACCGCGAGAAGCGCUUCCGGAUCUACCGCUUCCUGCUGGAGCACUUUACCGACGCGCAGCGCGUCAGCAUCACCAACAAGAUCAACCAGACCAUCCUGGGGUGCUUCGCCGACGACGAGCUGCCCCUGGACGCGGACGGAGCGGAGAUCCUGGCGGAGACCUUCAGCAUCCUGAGCCUGAAGGAGCUGAAGCUGCAGGCCGCCUCCGCCCCAGCAGGGGGCGCCGCGGCCGACGAGCCCGAGGAGGAGGGCCAGAACAUGGCCACGCUGCACGCCGCGCAGAAGAAGGUCAUCUCCCAGUUCCAGAAGAAGGCCUUCAUGGAGAACACGGUCCCCAUCAUCAUAGCGCUGAAGAACAUGCUGGAGCUCCGUCGCUCCCCCGUCAUCAGGGACCUCAUGGCCUACCUGCAGGUAGCCAUGAAGGACCUGAAGGGUGAGGUGAAGGAGCUGUUCUCUGGAGACCAACAGCUGGCGGCAGAGCUGGAGUUCAACCUGCAGGAGAAGGAGAACCUGGAGAACCAGACGUCACGCAUGGACUCUGUGCAGAACUCUCCUGUACCUGCUGCAGCCAAACUGAUGGCUCCCCCGCAUGAAUUCUCCACCCCCCAGCCUACGAAAGCCAAUCACGUGCUGCUCAGCAGAGUGGCCACGACGGAGAGCCGCCAGCAUCUCCAGACUCCAAGGGGUCAGAGUGGGCGUCGGCAGACCCUUAAUAGCCUAGCCCAUCUGCAGAAUACAGUGCUCUCCAAGAACUCCAAGGACCGAGCCAUCAGCACACCUGUCGAUGUUGAAUUCGACUGCACGUUCGGCGAGGCCGUCAGCGCCAUCAUGGAAGAGUCCCAAACAAGUCCUGGGAGUGACCGAAGCUUUAUCCAACCCAAGAAGGCUCCAGCACCUCGUCAGUGGGACGUCAAGUCUCCUCUCCGCCCCACCAAGACCAAAUCCAGGAGGAGUCAACCCUAGUCUCUGCUGUUAGGCACCAGUCUGUAACAUUACAGACGUGUUUGUAAUAGACAAUAGACCCAGACUGUAAUAUAACUGGCAUGUUUCUUGUAUAUUUCUCAUUUAUUUCUUCUUUAAAAUGUAAUUUUGACGUCUCCUUUCUUUCUUCUUGUUUUUUUUUCUUCUUACAAUAAAAAAAAAAUCAAACAGA